AUGCUUCCCUCUAGAGGCCUGUCAAGGCUGCUAGCAGCACGUAGAGGAUCCCCCAGAGGCCCCUCAGGAGCAGCAGCUCUAACGGAAAGGCCUCUGGGUGCGUCAGCCAGAGCUACAGGGGGCCCCGGCAAGACCCUGGGGGCCCCACGCUGCAGCCCACUUUUGGGGCCCCCAGAAGGCCAGACCCAGCACGCGCGCCUCGGAGGUAGCUGCACGCUGCAGAAGGCGCAGCAGCAGCCACGGGGCAGCCCACAUAUCAGAGGGAUCGCCAUACAGCAGCAGCAGCAGCAACAGCAACAGCAGCAGCAGAAGCGACAGGGUGGAGGUGAGAGUGGAGAGGGGGGCGUUGAAGGCAUCCCGCUUUGCUGCGGGAGCCUCCAGCAGCAGCUGGAGUUGCUCCUCAGAGCUGCGGGGCCCUGGGGCUGGGGUCCCCUGCUGAUUGCAGCACUGCAGGAGUGCAGCAGCAGCACCACCACUGCAGCUGGCUGCGUCACCAGGUUCAGCAGCAGCAGCUCUGGUGAUGCCACUGGUGACAGCGUCAGCACCGUUUGCCCGGCUGCUGCUGCUGCUGCUGCAGCUGGAGACCAAACGGGGCCCCCAUGUGGGGCUGCGCUGCAGCAGCACCAUCUGCUGCUGCUGAAGGCGUUUCGAGCUGCUGCUGCUACUGCAGCAGAGCGAGAAGAGACUCCACAGCAGAGGCUGUCAGCAGUUGUAGCUGCAGCAGAGGGGCACUUGGCAGCCAUACACUCCAGUGCUUCUCUGCGGGACGCCGCACAUUUUCUCUCUGCUCUUAGUAGACUCAGCAGCAGCAGCAGCAACAGCAGCAGCAGCAAAGCAGCACGGACUCUUCUAAGCAGCAAAGCCUGCAGGUCUCUGUUUCUUUCGGCAACUAAGUCCGCUUUGCAGCAGCUGAAGAUCCGACUAAAACACAACAACUCCACUAUCCCGCAGCAGGUGGACCCAGGAGUAGCAGCAGUAGCAGCAGCAGCAGCAGCAGCAGCAACGGCAGCAACAGCAGCAGCUGCGCCUACCGCCAGCCAUCCGACAAAGGCGGACCGGGAUUCGGGCGCCCACAAGAGCCCUUCGAGGACCACAGCCGCAGCAGCAAAAGUAGGAAAGCCAGCAGCAGGCGAAGCAACAGCAGAAACACUAAAUGCAGCAGCAGCAGCAGCAGGAGCAGCAAGCGCCGCUGCGGGUGCUGCUGCAGAAGAACGCCUACGGAGCUACGGGGUUUCUGUUGCUCUUUUGUGGGGCGUUGUAGCGAGGGGGCAGGGAAGCCAGGAGUGGCAGCUGGGAGAUAGGCCGCAGCAGCUGCUGCUGCAGCUGUCGGAAGCUAUGCUGCAGCGGGAGCAGCAGCUGCUGCUGCCUUUGCUGCGGCUGCUGCCGCAGACUCAGGAGCCCCUGCUGCACCUGCCGCAGCAGCAGCAAGCCGAGCUUAGGAAGCACUUCCUUGCGGUAGAUUCUGUCUCUUGGUUCCUUUUCUGUGCUGCUGCUUUGGGGUGUAUCUCCACCUCGCUGGCAAGGGGCGCCCUUUUGCUGCUGCUGCGCUUUGGCCGCCUGGAGCAGCAGCAGCCGGAAAGGGAGCUGCGCAUGCAAAGACGGCCACGGGCUGCGUCUUUGGGAACCCUUCAGCGCUUCGUAGCAGCUGCCGCGCUGCAGUUACACCGCCGCAGCAGCAGCAGCAGCAAGUUAUCAGAAUCCCGCAGGAAGGGCCUUGAAGGAGCUGCUACUGCAGCGACAGACACUCGCAACGCCAGUAAACGCCGCAGCAGCAGGAGCAGCAGCCGCAGCAGCAGCCGCAGCAGCAGCCCCAGCAGGAGUCUGCCUGAAGACUUGCUGCGCCGCAUUUGCCGUGUGGCUCUCUCCCGCCUCCUGCUGGAGCUGCAGCAGCAGCAGCCCCUGCAGCAGCCACUGCAGCAGCCACUGCAGCGCAAGACAGGACGCCCUUUUGGGGCAGCUUGGCAACUCAAGCUGCUGCAGGGGCCCCCCAAAACACUUCCAGAUCAGCAGCAAAUAGACGGGCCCCCGCUGCAGUUUCUGGUGGAGCUGCUGGACUCGCUGGUGCGGCUGCGCAGUGCUGCUCAGGAGGCGAAGCUGCUGCUGCAGCUGCUGCCGAGCCGCUUCAGGGCAGCAGCAGCAGCAGCGGCAGCAGCGGCGGUGACAGGUACCGCAACUGCAGCAACCCUCGCUGCUGCUCCUGUAGAGGGAAAGCAGGCGAUGCGAAGGACAGGGCCUGCUGCUGCCGUCGCUGCUGCACGAUUCGCUGCAGCAGCAGCAAAAGCUGCAGCGUCCCCACCAGAAGCUUCAGCCUCCGCAUGGGAUCCAGCGCUGCUGCAGCUGACUCCCUCGCAGGUACUAAGCGUAUUGGGGGCUUCAGCGCGGCUGCAGUUGCUGCAGAAUAGUUUGGGUUCCCCGCAGGAGCAGCAGCAGCAGCAGCAGCAGCAAAAGCGGGAACUUGAGUCAAGUUCCAGCGAUUCCUCAUGGGCUGCGCUAGUUAAGGAGCUGCUUUUGCUGCAGAUAUACCGCACGCGGCAGUGCUUGCAGCAGCAACAGCUGUACGCGCAGCAGCAGCAGCAGCAGCAGUCGGUGCUGCUGCUGCCCAGUGCCACAGUUGCUGCUCAAGCAUACCGUUCCUUGUCCUUAAACUUUGCUGCUGCAGCGCUGCUUGGCGGGGGUGUGCCCGCCUUGCUGUUUGGGGGAGCCCUGCUGGAGCAGCUGCUGCUCCUGCUGCGGCUGACUAUAGCAGCAGCAGCGCCUGCAGCAACAGCAACAGCGGCGCCUGCAGCAGCAGUUAAAGAAGCAGCGGGGCAUCCUUAUCUGCAUGCAGUAGAAAGCACCCCUUGCUUCUGGGGCUGGAGGCGCCGGCAGCAGCAGGCUGCUGCUGCUUCCCAAGAGGACCAGCAGAGGCUGUCGCUACAGGCAUUGCAGCACGCUCUCUUCUACAUUUCGCUGCUGGUGCCUCCCCUCGAGCCUGGCGGUGUCUCGACACUCAGCACAAACAUUCGCAGGGCCCUUCCGACGCUGCCGUUGCUGCAGCAGGCUGCGCAGCUGGUGCAGACGCCCCUACACGGGCUGCUGCCGCCGCCGCGCUGCUCUCCGCUGCAGCUUGAAGUGCAGCAAACUGUAGAGGCUAUUCUGGGGCCCCCAGGGGCCCCUGAGGCCUCUAAGGCCUCCUGUCAGCCCCGGGAGUUCAUUCGGGCAGAGUACAAAGUGGGGUGUCUAUACACUGUAGACAUCUUGGUGUCCUCCCCACACUAA